UUGUGUCGAUUUUUUUUUAAUUUGACAAAAGGUAUUGAGAAAAUUGUUUUAAAGUGAUUUCAGAUCAAGUCUAUUAAUUAAGAUCAUUGUAGUGCGAUAGUUACAGCUUUGAAAUCUAAUUUAAAGCAUUGAGUGUUAUAAAAACUUGUGUUCAGCUUAUUCCUUUCACAAAGGAUAUACCUGAGACUUGGUUGUUUUAUUCGUGCGCUAUUCACCUGCGAUUACGGUGUUUCUGUUUAGCUAUAACGGAAUGCGCACAUCGAUACACAAGAGCCGGUGAAGGUGGAGCAUUACUUGAAGGAUUGGCAUGGGCGCGCGGUGAGAGCAGCAGAACCUAACCAGGAUGACAGAAGGCGAAAGGCAUCAGAGCGCCGGCGGCACCAACGCCGCGCCACAACACAGGAAGGGCCACAGGAGACAAGAGUCGAUGUACGCCAUGACGGGCCUGUACGCGGAAUCAGGCUGCGCGGAGGGCGAGGCUGGACCCAGCACGCCGCCGCACGUCGCGCACCCGCCGCGCGACACUGUGAAGUGCCACAGCAGGAAUCCUUCAGCAGGCAUCUGCGACAGAGAUCGCGAGCGGGAAAGAGAGAAAGAGAAGCCACACCAGUUGUUCCCAGAAAUUCUAGACAUUCCUCAUGACGCGCGUGACUGCGGUAUCCUGUCCUGGAGACCGUUAUUUAUCCAGAGAUUUUCUAGUAUUAAAGUGUUCGUAUUUUUCCUUUCGUUCCUAGUGACGCUACAGCAAGCGUUGAGCUCCGGAUACAUAAACUCUGUGAUCACGACGAUCGAGAAACGGUUCGAGAUCCCGUCCAGCCUGUCAGGCCUCAUCGCGAGCAGCUACGAGAUCGGCAAUGUCAUCACCGUCAUCUUCGUCUCAUAUCUCGGCAGCCGGCGACACAUACCCGUCUGGAUAGCAGUCGGCGCUGUAAUAAUGGGUAUCGGUUCCCUUGUGUUCGUGGUGCCGCACUUCAUUGCGGAGGCUAACAGCGAGAUGAUGGCCAACAACAAGUCAGACGACAACAUCUGUCGAUUGCCGCGCGCUCUCGAACAGGAUAUGGGCGGCCUCGGCCGGCUGUCGCAGGGCCUGCCGCCCGCUAACCUAAGGCCUGACAACUGCAUCAAGAGUUCACCGAGCACUUUCAUGCCGGUGAUGGUGUUCGUGGUGGCGCAGCUGCUGCUGGGCUGCGGAGGCUCGCCGCUGCUCACUCUCGGCACCACCUACGUCGACGACCACGUCCGCCCGGAGUCCUCCAGCAUGUAUAUCGGUUGCAUGUACAGCAUGGCAGCGUUCGGGCCCGUGCUAGGGUUCCUGCUCGGCGCCUACCUACUCUCCUUUCAUAUGGACUCAUUUUCCGGAACUAUUAUAUCCAUUGAUCCUGGAGACCACCGCUGGGUUGGCAUGUGGUGGGGUGGAUUCCUGCUGUGUGGGUUGCUAUUAAUUCUAGUUGCUAUCCCUUUCUUCUCCUUCCCGAAAGUGUUGGUGCGAGAAAAAGAGAAAAUACGCUUGGUAGAAAAGGCCGCCGCCGCUAGCGGGUCCUCAACCAAACCACCUUCGAAGCCACAGACCGACAUCAAGGACACGGGCUACGGGAAAGAUAUCAAAGACAUUCCGGUGUCGAUGUGGCGGCUGCUGAAGAACCCGGUGUACGUGGUGACGUGUCUGGGCGCCUGCAUGGAGCUCAUGAUCGUCUCCGGCUUCGUCGUCUUCCUCCCCAAGUACCUCGAGACACAGUUCAGCCUCGGCAAGAGUCAGGCCAGCGUCUUCACCGGUUCGAUAGCGAUCCCCGGCGCGUGUAUCGGCAUCUUCAUGGGCGGGUGUCUGCUGAAGCGGCUGGAGCUGCGGCCCAAGGGCGCGGUGCAGUUCGUACUCAUCUCCAACACCAUCUGCCUCUCCUGCUACGCUCUGCUCUUCUUCCUCGGCUGCGACAACAUCAAGAUGGCCGGCACCACCAUACCCUACACCAACAACAGCAAUUUGGAGCCGUUCAAGGUGAACCUGACUGCGGCGUGCAACUUCAACUGCCUGUGCACGGAAACGGACAUGGAGCCGGUGUGCGGCAACAACGGCCUUACCUACUUCUCGCCUUGCCACGCCGGAUGUGCCGCCUUCUCCUCGCGCUCCAACUUCACCAACUGUGCCUGUGUACACGAGAACAGCCGCGGUGGUGUGGGUGCGGGCGCGGGUGCAGGCGGGGCGACGCUGGUGGGCGGGGCGUCGGCGGCGGCGCUGACGGCGCAGUUCGGCGACGUGACGGUGGUGCCGGUGGCGACGGCGGGCGCCUGCAACCCGCCCUGCACCACCAUCUUCCCCUUCCUAGUGCUGCUCUUCUUCAUGACCUUCGUCGUCGCCGUCACGCAGAUGCCGCUGCUCAUGAUCGUACUCAGAUCGGUGAGCGAGGAGGAGCGUUCGUUCGCUCUGGGCAUGCAGUUUGUGAUCUUCCGGCUGUUCGGCUACAUCCCGGCGCCCAUAGUGUUCGGCAACCUCAUCGACUCCACCUGCCUGCUGUGGAAGCAGUCCUGCGGCGGGGAGAAAGGCGGCCGCUGUCUUCUAUACGACAUCGAACAAUUCCGUUACAGAUACGUCGGUUUAUGUGGUGGUAUAAAAAUAGUCGCACUCGGCAUAUUCAUGGCGGACUGGUGGCUGGUGCGCAGGCGCAGGCACCUCGAGACCACGGCGCCGCUCGACCCGCAGAAGGACAUAGCGGGCUCCAUCAUCAGUCUCGACAAACUUUUCGAGGAGCUGCCGUCGGCGGAGAACACGAGCGGGUUUCGGUCGGGAGUGACUUCGGGCCACAGCUCCACCACCAGCACGCCGCUGGAGCCCCCGGGCGCGGCGGGAGCGGCGGGCGAGGAGCCGCGAGCCGCCGUACGCCGCACAGACUCCCAGCACUCGCACCACUCACACCACGGCAAGACGUCGCGCGUGCUCGUCGCCUCGCGCCAUCUGCGCAACGACUCCAAGACCAUACAGCUGGAGCCGCGCGCGCGACACCACUCGGGUGACGCGACACGCUCGCACUCGCGACACAACUCGCGAGACCUCAGUCUCGACCAGCUCAAGCAGCUCGCCAUCAAGAGCAUGGAGAGCCUUGACCUCACCGUGCUGCCGCUAGCCAAGCCCCCGGACGAAGAGACCAAGCGGCUCAUCGAGGGCGGCGGCGUGCUGCGUCACCGGCGCACCGGGUCUCGCGACCUCAAGCCGGCGGACUCGCGACACAAGCGCACCUCCAGCCACCACAUCACAAUGGAGCCCGGCGAGCUCGCGCUGCAAAUGCACAAGGGUCGCAGCGUUGACCAGCUCACCCCUACCCCCGCGUCUCCCGCGCUCGCACACACCCCCCAUGAGCCGCGAGCGUGAACCUCGUCCCGACUGACGCGCCAAUGUGCGCAGACUCUAUCUCGGUGAUAAAGUGAUAAAUUUCAAGGAUUUAGAUUUAACAUUUGAUACAUUUGAAUCCUUGGUUCUAGCGAAUGUUACAUAUUUGAAGAGACGAGACUUCUUAGUGAAAUUAAAUCAAUAUUAGUUCACAGUGCUGCAAAUAUUUGAAUAAAUGAGAAAUGUUACGAGUGCACUUUGCAGUGUGGUGGAUAGAAGAAAUAAUUUAUCAUUAAGUUGUUACAAAUCCUUAUUUAGCUUGACACGUUCUUAUUGCACAUAAA